GUCUGGAUUUCACAGAGUUAGGCUUCAGUGGGAGAUGGCGACCGAGAGCCCACAGCAACAUCUGGAACCUCCGGCGCCCAUCCAGUCGAGCCCGGUUCCCGGAGUGCUCAAGUCGGCCUUGAUCGGCCAGCACUCCCCGGCCAUGGAGCCCUCGAGCCUGGCCAAAGCCAAGAAGAGCAGCGGAGGCUUGAGGCGGCCCGAGAAACCGCCUUAUUCCUACAUCGCCCUGAUCGUGAUGGCUAUUCAGAGCUCACCGACCAAGAGGCUGACACUGAGCGAGAUCUACCAGUUCCUGCAGACCCGCUUCCCGUUUUUCCGGGGUUCCUACCAGGGCUGGAAGAACUCGGUACGGCACAACCUGUCCCUGAACGAGUGCUUCAUCAAACUGCCCAAGGGUCUGGGCAGACCCGGUAAGGGUCACUAUUGGACUAUAGACCCGGCCAGUGAAUUCAUGUUUGAGGAGGGCUCCUUUCGUCGUAGACCCCGAGGGUUCCGCAGGAAGUGCCAGACGCUCAAGCCCAUGUACAGGAUGAUGAAUGGCCUGGGCUUCGGCCCCUCGAUCAUCCCCCAACCCUUCGACUUCCAGGCACCCGCCGCUUCUCUCGCCUGCCACGCCAACAGCUACAACCUGGAGAACAGCCUCAGCAUGAUGAGUAACUCACUGUCAGGGAGCUACGAUGGACUCAGCAGCGGCCACCAUGUCCCCCAUAUGUCCCCCAACCCCGGGUCUACUUACAUGGCCAGCUGCCCCGUGACUUCAGGCGGCGAGUACGGCGCAGACAGCAGCAGUAGCCCGGUCCCUUCUUCUCCUGUGGUGGCCAGUGCUUUGGAGUGCCAUUCUCCAUACUCGCCCUCAACUGCUCCUUGGUCAUCGUCAGCGACAUCGCCGUACAUUAAACAGCAGAGCCUGAGCCAUAUCAACUCUGUUCCCUCCAGCCUCCACUCCACCAUGUCAUCCUACUCGCUGGAACAGACAUACCUGCACCAAAAUACAAGGGACCCCGCAGAAAUUACAGUGGGGCUACCUCGCUAUCAGACUCAUUCCUCGCCUGUGUGUGACAGAAAGGAUUUUGUGCUCAAUUUCAACGGGAUUUCGUCUUUUCACCCCUCGCCCGGCGGAUCAUACUAUCACCAUCAUCAUCAAAGCGUAUGUCAGGACAUCAAGCCUUGUGUCAUGUAAACAUUUGCACCCACCUUAAAUCAACUCUCGUCUGUGCCUAUCUCUGAUCUGUUUUGAUUAUUCUGAUUCAUACAAAAUAAAACCAAGACAGGACACGGCACUGGUAGAGUUGGGAGAUUGAGCCCGAACAUGUCGUUCAAGAAGUAAAAAACAGGGGGGACUGUGGGAAGCCUGUGGGGGACGCCUCAGUAUUUGCACAUCUGCAACUCUGUUGCCGAUUUUUGCUUGAGUUCUUUUGGUCAAAACAAGGAAUGGUUUAACGUCAGACGAACUGUCCUGUUGAUUCUGCCCUUUAGCCACGAUGAAAAAGGUGGUGCGUAUGCCAGACGCCUCGUUAUUUUAACAACGUUCAGUUCUUAUAUCAGUAUUAAAGAGCAGGAUGUGUAGUAUGAGCAUUAGCGUACUGUAUUUAUGUAUAAAUUUUGAAAUCCAAAGGUCAGACUUGAUGCCAUGUCAGUAUUAGACACUGAUUUGAAACUUUUUUUGCGAGGACAAUACGGAUUUUUACCAUAAUCUAUAACAAGACACAUGUAUGUAUACACGCACAUAAUGCUUUUUUUUAUAAAUAAAUACAUUUGAAUAUAAUUGCACUUGAAAAAUGUAUACUUUAUGAUUUUUGCCAAAACAUUUUGAUGUAAAAACUAAGUUCAAUAAACAUGUAAUUCGGA